AUGUUUUAUAGUAACUGCCUCCCUCUCUCUCUUUCUCUCUCUCUCACGUUUUAUUGUAUUUGCCUCUCUCUCUCUCUCUCUCUCUCUCUCUCGUUUUAUUGUAUUUGCUUCUCUCUCCCUCUCGUUUUAUUAUAUUUGCCACACUCUCUCUCUCGUUUUAUUUCAUGUGCCUCAAUCUCUCUCAUUUUAUUGUAUUUACCCCUCUCUCUCUCACUCGUUUUAUUGUAUUUACUCUCUCUCUCUCUCUCUCUCGUUUUAUUCAUUUCUCUCUCUCUCUCUCGUUUUAUUGCAUUUGCCUCUCUCUCUCUCUCUCGUUUUAUUGCAUUUGCCUCUCUCUCUCUUUCUCUCUCUCUCGUUUUAUUGUAUUUACCUCUCUCUCUCUCUCUCUCUCUCUCGUUUUAUUGUAUUUGCCCCUCUCUCUCUCUCUCUCUCUCUCUCGUUUUAUUGCAUUUGCCUCUCUCUCUCUUUCUCUUUCUCUCGUUUUAUUGCAUUUGCCUCUCUCUCGCUCUCUUGCCUCUCUCUCUUCUCUCGUUUUAUUAUAUUUGCCUCUCUCUCUCUCUCUUUCUCCUCUCUCUAUUUUGCAUCUCUCUCUCUCUCAUUUUAUUAUAUUUGCCUCUCUCUCUCUCUCUCUCUCGUUUUUUUAUUCUCUCUUGCCUCGUUUCAUUUAUUUCUCUCUCUCUAGUUUUAUUGUAUUCUCUCUCUCUCGUUUUUAUUGUAUUUACCUCUCUCUCUCUCUCUCUCGUUUUAUUGUAUUUACCUCUCUCUCUCUCUCUCUCUCUCUCUCUCUCUCUUUCUCGUUUUUAUUGCCUCUCUCUCUCGUUUUGUGUAUUUACCUCUCUCUCUCUCUCUCCUCGUUUCAUUUUAUUUGCCUCUCUCUCUCUUUCGUUUUAUUUAUUCUCUCUCUCGUUUUAUUGUAUUUACCUCUCUCUCCCGUUUUAUUGUAUUUACCUCUCUCUCGUCUUUUUUGUAUUUACCUCUCUCUCUCUCUCUCUCUCUCUCUCUCUCUAUCUCUAUCUCUCUAUCUCUCGUUUUAUCUAUCUAUCUUUCUUUUAUUUUUUAUAUUUUGCAUUUCUCUCUCUCUCUCUCGUUUUAUUGCAUUUGCCUCUCUCUCUCUUUCUCUCUCUCUCUCGUUUUUUGUAUUUACCUCUCUCUCUCUUUCGUUUUAUUGCAUUUGCCUCUAUCUCUCUCUCUCAUUUUAUUGUAAUUGCCUCUCUCUCGCUCUCUCUCUCGUUUUAUUGUAUUUAUCUCUCUCUCUGUCGUUUUAUUGCAUUUGCCCCUCUCUCUCGUUUUAUUGUAUUUGCCUCUCUCUCUCUCUCUCUCUCUCUCUCUCUCUCUCUCUCUCUCUCUCUCGUUUUAUUGUAUUUUUCUCUCUCGUUUUAUUGCAUUUGCCUCUCUCUCUCUCUCGUUUUAUUGUAUUUAUCUCUCUCUCUCUCUCGUUUUAUUGUAUUUGCCUCUCUCUCUCGUUUUAUUGUAUUUGCCUCUCUCUCUCUCUCUCUCUCUCGUUUUAUUGCAUUUGCCUCUCUCUCUCGUUUUAUUGUAUUUGCCUCUCUCUCUCUCUCGUUUUAUUGUAUUUACCUCUCUCUCUCUCUCUCUCUCUUUUUAUUGUAA